AUGCAGUUACCUCCAGUUAGAGCUUCUCAAGUUUUUCAACAACCUGAACGUAUGAUUCUAGCUACACAUCUUUGGCGAUUGUUUUCGCUUGUCGAAUUGACAGRAAAUAUGAGACAACAAGGAGAUCAAACAUUCAUUGAUAUAUUAAAUGCAUUGAGUGUUGGAGAGCUGAUUCAAAGCCAAAUUGAAAUAUUGAUAAACAAACAAAGCACGUAUGGAAAAUUUGCACUUGAGAAGGUCUUAAGGAUCUACCCAACUAAUGACCAAGUUAACAAUCAUAAUCAAAAAGUGCUUAAUUAUUUCAAAAACGAAGAUGAUGACAAAACUGGAGGUUUGCCAAAGGAAAUUGAAAUUUUCGUAGGAGCUAAAGUUAUGCUUAGAACCAACUUAAAUGUAACUCAAGGACUUGUAAAUGGUGCAAUAGGAAAUAUCAAAGAGAUUAACUGGCCCAAUUUUGCUAGAGAUCAACUUUAUGAUGAAUGUAUACCAACAUCAAUUCGCAUCGACUUUGGAAGAGAUGGUAUCCAUAAAAUUGAGCCCGUUAGUUCAUCGAGUCAAUCGAGCAGUUAUGGUAGUGCUGAGCGUAGAAUGUUGCCAGUAAUUUUGUCUUGGGCAGUAACCGCACACAAGUUACAGGGCUCCAACAUCGAUCAUGCUGUCGUUUAUCUUGGACCAAGGCUCUUUGCAAAAKGACAAGCUUAYGUUACUYUUAGCARAGUGAAAUCCUUGCAAGGCCUCAGAAUUGAACAAUUAGACUGUUCAAAGCUGAUGRAAAGAGCACCAUGCAAUAUUGACGCCCUCGAAGAAAUGGAAAGAAUGAGAAAAAUUAAAUAA